AUGGCAGCAGCAACAUUUACGCUGUUUUACAGUCUAAUGUGGGGAAAAGAAACCUCUGAGCAGUGGCUUGCUUCUAUUCUAAUUUCCAAUGGACAAGAUAUCUUCGUUGUGCAGCCCACGAAGGUUAUGUUAGCCGUCAUCGUCAUUUCCUUUCUCCUGACAAGAAAGAACAAAGGCAAAUGCGAAGAAGAAGAAGAGACUGCUACCGAUCCACACGCAAUUGAGAUAGAUUUUUCCUGCGAUGAUCCCAAACAGCGCUUUAAGAAAUAUCAGCGGGAAAAGAUGAGGGAGAGAUCUAAAAAAGAAGCGCAGUUGACAAGUAUGACAAGAGACAUUAUUCUGCAUUUAAUAUUUGUGUUUCUUCUGGCCAUCGUAUCUUAUGGAAACAAGAACGGAAAUCGUUUUCUGAUGACCACCGAGACGAGAAAUCGAUUCAAUAAGUUUAAUCUGGUAAAGGAUGCGCACAUAUUAGAGGCAUGGUUAAGGAACGAAUUCAUAUUAAACAUUUAUAAUCAGGCGUGGUACAACGGACUUGAAGAGGAAAAUGAUGUGUAUAUCGGGAACAAGAUGUCGGUAUUAGUGGGAAUGCCCUGGUUGCGACAGCUCAGAAUUAAAAAAAAAUCCUGCAGAUCACUCCCUAAAAUGAUAGCAGAUUGUUAUUACGACUAUUCUCCAGAAAAUGAGGACACAACUUUGCUAAGCCUUCCAGGUUGGAUACCUCUAUCCCUCAAUACUUCGUGGCCCAAUGCUCUCCAAAUUUGCCCUAAGCCUUGGCGAUAUCAAUCAGCAGCAGAACUUCGCAACGAUCCCAUUCUAGCGUCUUACAACUCUUAUGAAGGGGGUGGUUAUGCAGCAGUCAUGGGAUACGAUGAAAGCACUGCACAAGGCGUCCUCAACGAGACUAUUACUAAUGGAUGGCUUGAUCGCCAAACUCGGGCUGUAAUUCUAGAGUUUGCUGUUUUCAAUGUCAAUACAAACUUGAUUAGUGUUGCCACGUACUUUUACGAGGCCUUAGCUACUGGUGCAGCCUACACUGCAAGGAGAAUUGAAACACUGGAGUUGUACAGCACUGAGUCAGGAGCUCUGAUGUUUUUCUUGAUUGGCCAGUUUCUUUUCAUGGCAAUGGUCCUCUUUUAUUUCAUAGUUAUGUUAGUUCACCUUUAUCAGCAACGCCUAGCCCCCAAUAUCCCAGAAGCAAGAGCCAUUUUUCCUUUAAACAGUUUCUUUGAAACAAGGGAGAUCACUAAUAAACAACCUCAAGGCAUUCGUGGAGAUUUAUCCUUAGCAACAGGUCCGAGUGGUGGCGCAGGUGGCUCUUAUCAAUUCUUCGGGCAUCCGAACAGCUACAUCGAGUUCCCAAACGAUGGGGGAUUAGACUUGAAAAACUCAAUCACAUUGUUAUGUUGGCUUUAUUUUGAAAAUACACGCGCCGGGCCUAUAUUUAACUACAAAUCAAGUGGUAAGUGGGCCGUUCACGUUUGGAUAAACGGGCACGGAAAACUUUACGUUCACUUUAGAAACAGAGAGUACUUAUCUACAUCUUAUCCUUUCUGGACUAAUCAGUCUUUGGCGACGCACAAAUGGCAUUAUAUUGGUGCUUCUUACGACUAUAUAACUGGAAUGGCAAGUCUAUGGGUUAAUGGAGUGAGAGUAGUAGAGGAGAAUAUCGGGGCCGGCAUAACGCUGGGUACACAGGAUAACGUCAGAGUUAGUGUGAAAGCAGACGAUACUCGUUAUUUGACUGCAAGAAUUGCUGCUAUGCAGUUUUAUGACGUAGCCUUAACAGCAGAGCAAAUAAAUAAAGUGAAAAAUCUUGGCUUAGAUGAAGAUGAAUGUCAGGAUCAGAAACACAACUGCGACGUGAAUGCUCAGUGUAACAACACUUUAGGCUCAUAUAAUUGCACUUGUCUAAAUAUAGACGAAUGUGCAAUAUCAUCUCAUAACUGUCAUGGAGUUGCUUACUGUUUUAACAAUCCGGGAUCCUUCAGCUGUGAGUGCCGAAAAAACUACAUUGGUAAUGGGGUAUUAUCAUGUGAUCCCGUUGGAGAUUUCUCAGUGACUAUCAGAAACAUUUCAAAAGACAAGUAUCAUGCCACACCUGUGCAACGCUCAGUCAAAAGUGUCCGAGAAGCCCUAAUACAGGGCCUAAACAAAGAUUUAACCGUACUGACAAGUGCCUUUGAAUGGAGCGUUGUUAGCGAAAUGGAGCUAACUUCCUCGGAGUCAGCAUUAGGAACUAUAGUUAGUCAUGGGACAACGGAGUGGACGAUAAACAAGCGAUCCAUACCUGCUGGUAUCUAUCAAGUCAAAUUCAAUGCUACACUUGCAGUCGGAGAUCCAGCAUCCCCAAAAAUUCUCAACGCCUUUGAUUAUGGCUUCAUCGAGGUUAUUGCAGCUCCCUUGCGAGCCAUUCUUGAUGGAGGAAACAGUGUACGAUGCUUUAUAGAUUGUAACGCAAGAGUGUCUGCUUCAAACAAGCUCCGGGUGACAUCAGAGUGUCUUAAUUUCACUUGCAAUGGAUCUGUCUACGAAUGGCGCUUGUCCAUGCUUAUAGGCCCAGACAGUUGGAAAAAUAUACCUAUUUUACCCAACAUGACUUCAACAGCUGACACGAGCUUACCAUUGACAUAUGAAUUUGCACUUGGAGAGGAACCUAUAUCUUAUGGCACGUCACCCUCGUCUGUGUCGACAAUGUUAUCUGCAGGAUCGCCGAACGAAGAUUUCCAACAACAAGUUACUAUUGUCAUUAAGAAUGCGGCUGGAGUAUCCGUUGUAGAGAAAUUGUUUAUCAAGGUAAGGCCAUCAUGUGGCCUUGAUCUAUGUGCUUCAUCUCUUGAAGAAGUUGCAAACAAGUUAAAAGGUUUUGUAGUCGGGGAAGGUAACAAGCUGGAUGAAUACCUCAACAAGGGUGAACUCAGCCGAGCUGUUCAACUUGGUAUAUCUGUUCUCAAGUCUGCAAAGACAAAAACUGAAUGUGGACAAGAAUUGGACCCUAAAGACAAAGCAUUGAUUUCCAACACAUUGAUAUCGAAGUUUACAGCUAAAACACCAGAGAAUCUUGAAAUGUCUCGCUUGGUUAUGUCAGUAGUAAGCUUGGCCAUGGGACUACGGGUUGAACAAAAAUGCAAGAGCUGCAGUGACGGUAGCGGUGACAGCAACAAUAACAAUAUGGAAAUAACGAUGCAACUGACUGAUAUUACAGUUAAUAUGAUGGUUUCCAUCCUUAACGAUCCAGAGGAGCCUUUCACGCCGGAGUUAGAACAAACAGCUACAAGUAUUACAGGCUGCCUCACAAAUAUUAUCAAGUUAGCUGCAGGAUCGAGUCAGGACGACACAGACUUAGCAGUAACCCUACCCACUCCAGAGUUCGUGAAGAAGGCCACCGAAAAACUGAGCAACAUGAGUGAUGCAUUUUUUGGCCGCUUGGUUCCAUCAGAAGAGCUGGUCCUGAAAACUCCAAACUUGACAAUAUUUCUGAAAAAGGUCACAGCCAAUGAUGCAAAAGGACUCAGCAUGGGAGAUGGACCAAGUAAAUUCAAGCUCCCGAGCAGCCUUGGAAAUAUAGGUGGUGGAGAGAUAAAUGCAAAGAUGCAAGCUGUUGAUUUUAACCCUUUCACUUGGGACAAUAGCAGCAGCAAAAUCAAAUCACGUGUCACGAGUCUUGAGCUUAAAAGCAACAGCGCGGAAAAGAUAAAUGUUUCAAAUUUUGACAAUGACAUCGAGAUUUUGAUUCCCAUUUCAAGUCCACCUCAAAACUCCACCAAAGGGACGCAGCAUAACUUUCUGAAGCCAAAUCAAAUCUCAGUUCGAAGUUAAUACGCAGAACUAGCCAAUGUUCCUAUAUCUCUUAAGUUGGCUAUAGCCAAAGCAGGAUUACAAAUCAGUCUGUUCAUAAAAUUUGGAAAAAGACCAACGAUUAAUGACUUUGACCACAAUUUUACAAUGGCGUUUGCAUCUACAUGUGGCAACCAAACGGAUGCUAAUGCAAAUUGCUUUAUCAGAGAUAGCUCAGUUACAGUGAUGCCUUCUAAGCCAGGUUUCCUCUACGCGGGCCUAUUGUCUAAAAGCCUUAAGAAUGAAAGUCAACAUUCCAGGCAAAGGAGAUCCUGCUUUGGAAACCGUCGCGAAAGACGGUCAUGUGUGGGCACUAAAGAUCCACCGCCAAAAGGAUUUCUUAGCACUGUGUUUCCGAAGUAUGAUUCAAAUACAGACGUUAACUACACC